UCCUAUUCUCAUCCACGCUUUUUCAGCAUGUUUUCUCCGGAGUUACGAUGAUCAUUGCGACUCCCUGCGAGGCUGUGACUGACCAGGGUUUACAUGUGUAGGAAGGCCAGAAGCAUGCCGGAAUUAUCAUAUUCGAGCACGAUCCAUCGAUGCAUCGUGCAGGGUGCGUGCAGGCAGCCCUAUAAGUUACCUUAUCAAACAUAUAAUGAAAAGUUACAGGGAACUAAAUCUCUACUUCUUACAACAAAUCCCCUUCGCGGCGCAGCUUCACCUUUCAUUUUACACUCUAUUUUCUGCCAACAAUCCCUUUCACUUUAUCUAGCAGAAAUUCUUCGAAUACCUUUCGUGUUUCUAUUAUCAACUCCUGUACGUUUGUUUCCUUCUCUCCGUUGACUCGAUACUGACCUCGUCUUUCUAGUAAGCAACCCACAACGAUGAGCGCCAACGGUCACAGUGUCAACCCCGGUAUCGCCCGUACGAUGACUGGUCUGCUAGAGCGUACCCGUUCACGUCGUACGUUUACCAAAGACAGCUUCACCUCCGCAACCAGCACCCCUUCACCUCCUUCGAAGCCAAAAACCCCUAAAGUCG